AUGUCUCCUUGUAUCCUUCCAGAAAUCACCUCUCUCUCCUUCUCCUUCUCUCUCUCUUUCUCCUCCUCUCUCUCUCUUUCUCCUCCUCUCUCUCUCUUUCUCCUCCUCUCUUUCUUACUUUCUCUCCCUCUUUCUCUGUCUUUCUUUUCUCUCUCCCUAUUUCUCUCCCCCUCUUUUUCUCUCUCCCCCUCUUUCUCCUCUUUAUCUCUCUCCUUCUCUCUCUCUUUCCUCUCCCCCUUUCUUUCCCUCCUUUUCCUUACAUCUCCCCUCUUUCUCUCUCCCCUCUUCUCUCUCCCCCUUUCUCUCUCCCCCUUUUCUCUCCCCCUUUCUCUCCCCCCUCUUUCUCUCUCCCCCUCUUUCUCUAUUAAUAGAUAUCUCAACUGGGAUUUUGACUCUCCACAUAUGGACAUGCUUCGAAGGAAUAAAGGCAGAUCAAAGGCUUCAUUUCAAAUCUCUCUUUCUAUCUAUCUCGGUCCUUUCAUAUCUAUCUAUUAUCUAUCUAUCUAUCUAUCUAUCUAUCUAUCUAUCUAUCUAGGUCCUUUCAUAUCUAUCUAUCUAUCUAUCUAUCUAGGUCCUUUCAUAUCUAUCUAUCUAUCUAUCUAUCUAGGUCCUUUCAUAUCUAUCUAUCUAUCUAUCUAUCUAGGUCCUUUCAUAUCUAUCUAUCUAUCUAUCUAUCUAGAUAGACAGAUAGAAAGGAUAUCUAUUCAUUCAUCCAUCUAUCUAUCAUAUAUCUAUCUAUCUAGGUCCUAUUCAUCUAUUAUCUAUCUCCAUCUAUCUAUCUAUCUAUCUAGGUCCUUUCAUAUCUAUCUAUCUAUCUAUCUAUCUAUCUUCAGGUCUAUCUAUCUAUCUAGGUCCUUUCAUAUCUAUCUAUCUAUCUAUCUAUCUAGGUCCUAUUCUAGGUCCUUUCAUAUCUAUCUAUCUAUCUAUCUAUCUAGGUCCUUUCAUAUCUAUCUAUCUAUCUAUCUAUCUAGGUCCUUUCAUAUCUAUCUAUCUAUCUAUCUAUCUAGGUCCUUUCCAUCUAUCUAUCUAUCUAUCUAUCUAGGUCCUUUCAUAUCUAUCUAUCUAUCUAUCUAUCUAGGUCCUUUUCAUCUGUCUAUCUAUCUAUCUAUCUAUCUAUCUAGGUCCUUUCAUAUCUAUCUAUCUAUAUCUAUCUAUCUAGGUCCUUUUCUUUAUGAUCUAUCUAUCUAUCUAGGUCCUUUCAUAUAUCUAUCUAUCUAUCUAGGUCCUUUCAUAUCUAUCUAUCUAUCUUCAGGUCCUUUCAUAUCUAUCUAUCUAGACCUAUAG